AUGGCAUUAUUAGAUCCAGUAACAAUGUCAUCUCCAAUUGGCAAAGUGAGAAGUGGUGAAGUCUCUAAAUCCAAAGAUGGAGAGACUCCUACGCAGGCUGUUCGGACUUUAGCCUCGCCCCUGGCCCAAGCCGUGAGACAUAUCUAUCCAGUCUUACUCUUCUCACUAUUCCUCCUACGGUUCGAUGCUCUGGUAGCAGAUCCAGUAGCUGCCAUGUCCAGCUCUCUCCCUGUAGUCGCGGCCAUGCAAGUUGUCUAUGCUGUCACGUGCUUGCCACCGGCCGGCUCCCAGACUACGAAGCCGGCUAGGAAACUUCGGCCCGGAGAGAAGAAGAAGCCCGGAUCAGAGAGCAUGGGGCCAAGUAUUGCCGUUACAACUCUUGUUGCCCUCAUAUUGUCGAGCAUCACAAGCCUGGCUUUAUAUGGCAUUCUUAUUCUGUUUGGGGCUCCAUUCUUGACCCAUGUGCCUCAAACGUUCCUAUGUUCGACGCAUAUGGCCGCUCUGGGACUUUUCCCAUUGUUCUAUACACGUGGUGUGUCGAGCAAGGACUGGCUUGAAGUCCUUAGUGCGCAGGCCCCUUUCGAUGAAGCAUUCGGAGGUCUCACGGGUGCUUGUCUUGGAGCUUGGCUUGGUGCUGUACCUAUUCCCCUGGACUGGGAUCGCGAGUGGCAGAAAUGGCCUAUCACCAUAUUAUGUGGAGUUUAUUCGGGAUACUUGACCGGCAAGAUCGUCGGGGGUACCUUGGCCUUUGGCAAGAGAUUUCAAUCACCCGGUUAA